UGCAUGAGUUAAUUAUAAAGAAUAAUAAUGUAUGUUAGUUUUGUUCUAUGUCACUUUGACAUCUACUGUGCUGUUAAUCAUUCAGUCAGCUGUUUUACAGAACAGAUAAGUUAUUGAUCCCCCAUCCUGCACUCUGCUGCUGCAGAGGCGGGCAGCGCCUAGGGAGUCUCCUGUAAAUGUGAGCUCUUUGUCCUCUCUCUGUCCUCACAUCCUCCCUCAUCUCCUCCUCUUCAUCAUCUUCCUUCACUCUCCUUUAAUCCUCACUUAACUCCUCUUAUCUAUUCCCUUUUUCCCCCUACCCUCCCUUAUUUUUCACUCUCCAUACCACCUCUAGUCUAUACUCCCCUCUCUCUCUCAUGCGGUGCAUUCCCAUCUCUCCUCUUUCUGUCCAUAUGUUCUGCUCGUCUCCUCCAGCGUCCUCUAUGAGGUUUCUGUGCUGCAGAAAAAAGCCAGAGGGAUGAGCGGGGCUCACAGAAUGCAAGAGUUUAAAUACUGCAGAGAGGGAGCGACUUUGGUGAUUUCCUUGGAGGGUUUAAACUGGCUUUCUAAAAGGAGAUGCAAGGACAAAAGACACAAAAAAAGGGACGAGAAGCUCCAGUUGUUGAUGCCAUCUGAUGAAGAGCUGCAGCCAAUCACCUGCUUCUGUGUCUUCAAUAAGAGACGAUGUACAGGCCCUCGUAUACAGAGAAAAUACAGUGACCCCCAAUCAAGCUUUUUAACAUGGCCUCCUGUCUCAUACCCCCCUCGACAUGGUUAUCUUCCCAUGGAGCCGACCCCUCGCUCAACAUGCAACUCUUUGGCUUCUUUUGUCUCAGACUGUCCCAUGGAGGCCCGAUGGACAAGACCCAUUGUAGAUAUGAUGGACAUCAUCAGGUUGAUCACAAAGGGUCUAAACAUUAUGCACCAGCAGGAUGCUGCAACAAUGUUUAAUAGGUUCAUCAUUUUCUGUAAUGAAGAUAUACCCCUUGAACUUUAUAGUGACAUUUGUAUCGGUGGGGAUUGUAAGACAUCGUUAAAGGACACAGGAUGGCAUUUAAGUGAUAACAACGCGUCAAGUGAUUUCACAAAGUCCACUGCCAACCAGCUUCACAAUCUCAACGCCAACACCAACAACUCUCUGGGGAUUUAUAAAGAUCUUCAGAAAUCCUCUUCAAUCUGUGAUUCUCUAGGAGAUUUGUUGAGGAAGGACAAGAAAGCAACAAAGAGGAAGAGUGUGUCCUUUGAGGACGAUGUAACGGUCUACUUGUUUGAUCAGGAGAGCCCCACCUUGGAGCUGCACGCUGGGCCCUACGUAUCUCGGCCAAGCCACAACUCCAACCUGCCAGAGGCCACAAUAGAAGACACUGGCUUGGAGUGGGACGACGACUUCUCAGCUUUGGAGAAUAACUGCCACUCUCAGCUCUCCCUGCAGACACAGAACUGCACUGCUGCGUCCAGGCUAGACCGUUUCUCUUUAUCCCAAACCUGCCUGUUUCUCACACAUGUCACUGAGGCAGACCUUGAGCUAUGAGAUAAAGGGGUUAAUUCCCCAUUUUUGCACAGCAACCUUUUUACAUUGGAUGUCCCGCCUAGGGUCGGAGGUUAAAAUUUGGGUAUGUGACUUAUGACACGUUCCUUUUAGCUGUUUUCGUUAAGUUUUUGAUCCGCAAAGAGGUUCCUUUUUGCGUAAUGUCGUAACAUCUGAUCUGCCAGAAGAUCCUUACUUUUUUUUUUUUUAAAGCAGGGUUGAAUUCAAACAGGAAGUACUUUAAUCGUAUGACAGCAAAAACAUGCAAAAUAAAAUCCUUACUAUUUUUAAAUGUGAAAUUUUUCAAUUUCAAACAUGCGAUUAAUUAUGUGAUUAAUUACAUUAACUGCACAAAUUCAGAAUCAUUUGACAGCCCUAAUUACAUUAUAUAACAUUAUAAUAUAUGAUAUGAUGUAUUUGAUGUAUCAUACAAACUAUUAUCAUUUCACCACUUAGGAAUUAAAGAGCAAAUGAAAAGACAAGGAAAACUGACUUUUAGGAAAGACACUGGGUCAAACAAGUUAUUUAAAACCAUUAGUAAUGUUUGACAAAAGCUAACUUAGCUAACUAAGCUAGCUGUUAUAAUGUUUGUUGGCCAUUUAAUUGAAGUUUGACAAUAGCUAAUGUCAGCAUUCAAUUCAUAGAUAACAUAUAUUUUUGUUUAGCUUACUUUACGUAAGCUAGUAAUUCAAUCUCAAGCUUCUGCUACUUGCUUGUAUUAAUUGUGUUUCCUGUUGUGUAGCACUAAAGGCAGCAGUUAGCUUUUAGCCACUCACAAGCUAACAGUAUUUUUGUCUGAAUGCUAACAUUAGCUUUAUUGUUUGACUUUGACAUGUUUUAGACUUCCUUCUCUGACCAUAAUAUCUGAGGAACAUGCACUGUGAAUAUGUUCAAUGCCAUAUAACACAGUGGUAUUGGCAGCCUUCAUUUAAAGGCCGUCUCACUGUCACCAUGGUCGAAUGUGACAUCCACGCUUGUUUUUCUUUCAGACGGACGGCCUUGACCUAAUGGAAAAUCUGACGAAGAUCUCAUCCUCCUCAUCUCUUCCUCGUCUCCCAGCCUCCCCUCCUUCCCCUUUUCAUGAUGAGUCAGGGACGUAAACAGCUCUUUCUGAAAACACCUGCCGUUCAUGACAUCACAGCCACGCAGGACAGUGUGACAGUGCUUUCAGCUUUCUGACACGGUCGCUGAGUAUGAUGUGAUAACACAGCCUGGUUGUGCAACAGAGCCGGUACCUUUCCAGCUGCACAACUCUUCAUAAGAUACCUUUCAUGUCAUAAAUUGAAAAAAUAAAUUGUAAUCUGUGUCAAUC